AUCCUCGUGGUGCUUGCUCGGAUACGAUUGUUGUGCAGCUUCACCUCCCCUCCUGUCCUCCUUCGCAGUACUGCAACUCCUCCCCGUCCAGCCUUGCACGCUCGUGGUCGAAGCCGACCCUCGGUAAUACCGCUAUCGCUAUUGGCCGAGAGGACCCGGUCCAAGCUCACCACAGCUCCCGAACCUGACGUUCAACUUUGUUUCUUCUCGCCAGCUCCACCAAACAUCCUCUCCCCUCCACUCCCCUCCCCUUCCCGUACGCUUCCACCCCUUCCUACGAGGCUUCAUCGCCAGGUUUGCCGCUGGUCCCAUCCUUCGCCUGAUCCGAACGACACUCUCCAAUCGGCAGCACAGCAGUCUUCGUCAAGAUGCUGUCUGCACGUGCAAUGGCGGCUCGGCAGCUGCCGAACAUGCUCGCCCGCCGCGGCAUGGCCUCCGUGCAAGACAGCCCGCUCUCCAAAAAGGUGGAAAUGACCAACUGGGAGAAGGGCCAUUACAUCGACUACCAGACCAUGUACGAGAAGCUCGGCAUCGUGCGCAAGCGCCUCAAUCGCCCCCUCACCUACGCCGAGAAGAUCCUCUACUCCCAUCUCGACGAUCCCCACAACCAGGACAUUGAGCGCGGCAAGAGCUAUCUCAAGCUCCGCCCGGAUCGCGUGGCUUGUCAGGAUGCCACGGCUCAGAUGGCCAUCCUGCAGUUCAUGAGCGCCGGCAUGCCCGCCGUCGCCACUCCCACAACCGUCCAUUGCGACCAUCUUAUCGAGGCGCAGAUUGGCGGUGAGAAGGACUUGGAGCGAGCGCAGCAGAUCAACAAGGAGGUCUACGAUUUCUUGAGCACCUCUUGCGCCAAGUACGACAUUGGUUUCUGGAAGCCCGGAUCCGGCAUCAUCCAUCAGAUUGUCUUGGAGAACUACGCUUUCCCCGGUGGUCUGAUGAUUGGCACCGACUCGCAUACUCCCAAUGCCGGUGGUCUCGGAAUGGUCGCCGUCGGUGUUGGUGGCGCUGAUGCUGUCGAUGUCAUGGCCAACCUUCCGUGGGAGGUCAAGGCGCCCAAGAUCAUUGGUGUCAAGCUCACGGGCAAGAUGAGCGGGUGGACUGCACCAAAGGAUAUCAUUCUCAAGGUCGCCGGCAUCCUCACCGUCAAGGGUGGAACUGGAGCCAUCGUCGAAUACCAUGGCCCUGGCGCACAAAACAUCAGCUGCACGGGUAUGGGAACUAUUUGCAACAUGGGUGCCGAAAUUGGUGCCACCACUUCAUUGUUCACCUUCAACGAGCGCAUGGCAGAGUACCUCGCCGCCACCAAACGCGCUCCGAUUGGCGAUUUCGCCCGUGCCUAUCAACAAGAAUUGAAGGAGGACGAAGGCUGCGAAUACGAUGAGCUCAUCGAGAUCGACCUCAACACCCUCGAGCCGCACAUCAACGGUCCAUUCACCCCGGAUCUUGCCACGCCCAUCAGCAAGUUCAAGGAGGCGGUCAAGACCAACAAGUGGCCGGAAGAGUUGAGAGUCGGCCUGAUCGGCUCUUGCACCAACUCCUCCUACGAGGACAUGAGCCGCUCUGCCUCCAUUGCCCAGGACGCCCUGGACCACGGCAUCAAGGCCAAGGCCAUCUUCACCGUUACUCCGGGCUCCGAACAGAUCAGAGCCACCAUCGAGCGUGACGGUCAACUCAAGACCCUCGAGGAGAUGGGCGGAUUGAUUCUUGCCAAUGCAUGCGGCCCCUGUAUCGGACAAUGGGAUCGUCGCGAUGUGAAGAAGGGCGAGCCAAACUCCAUCAUCUGCUCCUACAACCGCAACUUCACUGGCCGCAACGAUGCCAACCCGGCUACUCACUGCUUCGUCACCUCCCCGGACAUUGUCGUCGCCAUGACACUCGCAGGAACGCUGAACUUCAACCCCCUGACCGACAAGCUAAAGGACAAGGACGGCAACGAGUUCAUGCUGAAGGAGCCUACGGGUGAUGGUCUUCCCGCCAAUGGCUACGAUCCCGGCCGUGACACUUACCAAGCCCCACCAAAGGAGCGCAGCUCUGUCGAAGUCGCCGUCGAUCCCAACUCAGACCGCCUGCAGAUCCUGCAGCCGUUCGAGCCUUGGGAUGGAAAGGACGCGACUGACAUGCCCAUCCUGAUCAAGACGAAGGGCAAGACCACCACUGACCAUAUCUCCAUGGCUGGGCCCUGGCUCAAAUACCGUGGCCACUUGGACAACAUCUCCAACAACAUGCUGAUCGGUGCGAUCAACAGCGCAAACGGCGAGGCCAACAAGAUCAAGAACCAGACCACCGGUGAGACCGAUGCCGUGCCCAACACCGCCCGCGACUACAAGAAGAAAGGCAUCAAGUGGGUUGUCGUUGGCGACUGGAACUACGGCGAGGGCUCCUCGCGUGAACACGCUGCCCUUGAACCCCGCCAUCUCGGCGGCUUGGCCAUCAUCACCCGCUCUUUCGCCCGUAUCCACGAGACCAACUUGAAGAAGCAGGGUCUCUUGCCCUUGACCUUCUCCAACCCCGACGACUACGACAAGAUCCAGCCGGACGACAAGGUCGACUUGAUGUGCACGGAGCUGGCCGUUGGCAAGCCCAUGACCAUGAAGGUCCACCCGGCUGACGGCAGCAAGGCCUUCGACGUCAAGCUCGAGCACACUUACAACCAGGAUCAGAUCAAGUGGUUCGAGGCUGGCAGUGCUUUGAACAAGAUGGCCAAGGAUGCUGGUGCGAGGUAAGCAGUCGAAGUGGAGUUGCGGAGGAUGAAGCAGAAGAAUGGAGGGCGUGGGUGGGAAUGUGUACAUUUGCAUGAGUUACUUUGAUCGGCACGUAUCUAGUCUGGAUGAAAUUAAAGGCGUUGCAACUGAA